UGAUUUGAUAUCACUCAUGUUGGUGGUCUCUGAUAUAUUUCCAUAUUCCUACUAAAAGUCUCAUUCGCAACCCACCUCUCCCAUACGGGUCCUUUAUCGGGCAUGCCUCAGUCAGCUCAGGUGCCCCGGAACCCGAAUCCGCAAAGAACCACCGGGUCCAUGCCCAACUCCCGGUUCCGAGCAACGGAGAGACCAGCCGACCGUGACUUCCAGAAACCAAGGAUCCUGACAAUCUUGAUCCUCGGCGAAACAAGUGUCGGAAAGUCGACCCUCAUCAACGCCUUAGCCAACUAUCUGACCUUUGAAGAGUUGUUCGUUAUUGGACCCGAUGAUGCCCUCACGCUCAUCCCGACCGAGUUUUUCCUGUACGACUCCGAGUCCCUUGAAGAAGAGAUUGUCAUUAGAUCCGAACGACUUGCCCUUGAUGAUAAUAGCGAUGCAGCCCGCAGGAAUGAGCAGCGCAACCCUGGCCAGUCCUCGACCCAACACCCGCGCACCUAUGUCUUUUAUGCAAGUCUCAGCAAUAGAGAACCCGUACAGGUGAAGCUCAUCGACACACCCGGCAUGGGCGACACUCGCGGUAUCCAGCAUGACAAGGAUAACAUGGAUCUCAUCAUCAAGUACAUCGCUGACUAUCCCGAAAUCAACGGCAUCCUGAUGCUGCUGAAGCCAAACAACAGCCGCCUGACCACCUGGUUCCGAUACUGCAUCAAGGAGCUCCUCAAGAGCUUGCACAAGGACUGCGUCAACAACAUCAUGUUCAUGUUCACAAACGCCAGAAGCACUCUCUACCGUCCGGGAGACACGAUGCCGGCCCUCAAGAGCCUUCUCGACGAGAUCAAGCGCGACUCGAGAGUCAGCAUUCCAAUCACCAGCACGAACAUAUUCAUGGUCGACAACGAGGCCUAUCGAUAUCUCCUUGCAAGGGGACAGGUCAACUUCACCAGUGCCGAGCAAGAGGACUUCCGCAACUCGUGGGCCAAGUCCUCAGAGACCUGCCGCAAGAUGCUGGAAACAAUUGCCAGCAUCGAGAGCUUCGAAACUGAAAAGACUGUCGUCCUGUACGAGGUCCGAAGCCAGGUUCUCGAGCUCUACAAGCCACUUGCUGAUGUCGCGGCAAGGAUCAGGGUCAACAAGAAGACCCUCGAUGAUCAGAUCAAGGCCCUGAGCUCAACCUCGGCGUCCGUGGCUGAUCUCCAAAAGGCCCUCAAUGUCACCGUCGACAUCCCUAUUCCACAAGAACUUCCUCAUCCCGUCACGGUGUGCUCCCAUCCUAGUUGCGUCAAGUAUGUCACUGAUAAGGAAGGACGAACGAUCACAGACUACGUGACCAAGUGCCAUGAGCGAUGUCUCGAAAUCAAAGUACCACGUGAAGUUAUUGGAGAUGAAGCCCUAUUAGACUGCAGAGCUAUGAAAAGGGGAACCUGUAGAAUAUGCUCACAUUCUUAUCGAUACCAUCUCAGUAUUUCCUGGAAAAUGGUUUUCGAAAAGCAAAUUGUUCAUGUGAAUGAGCAAUCGCGCAAGCAGAUCCAAGAUGAGCAAGACAACGCCAAGCAGAUCCAGAUGGCCAUCGACAGGCUCCGAAAGAAGAUCGUCGAUCUGGAGGACGAGGAGCGCACCAUCAUGUCCAUCAGUGCCAAAUUCGCCGUCUUUGUCAAGGCAAACGGCAUCGUCCUCUACAACGAUGCCCUGCUCAAGUACCUCGAUCAUCUGAUCAAGGAGGCCCGCGAGUCUUCGAACCAGCUUCCUGGCAGCUCUGCCCAGCAGCAGACCAAAAUCGAAGGCCUCACCAAGCUCAAGCAGAUCUACGAGAGCGAGCGCAAGAUUCUCACCGACGGCAUUGGUGCCUAUCAUCGCGCUCCACCAUCGCACGAGGAGGUAAAGAAACUCAUGAAGGACUUGACCAAACUCAAGCAUUCUGGAAAGUAUUUCAAGAGUACUGGCACUAAGUUUCUGUGAUUCACUGUCAGAAUAUACAAACGAUGCCACCUCGCCACCGAUCAUUCCUCCCAAGAUAUGAGAUUGACUGCAGGAUAUUGUUCUAGAGAAUUGUUC